AUGAUGAAUGAUACGACUACUGUCAUAGUAGCUAAGAAUUUCCUUACUCCUAUAGAUGAAAUACUGUUAACAGGAAGGUCUAACGAAGAGGCUAUUAAUGACUCAAUGGCUUUUAGCAUUCAGAGUGCUGCUUCUGUUUCUAACAUGGCUGAUCGUUUGCGUGCUAGAGCAAACAAGAUUCAAGAGCUGAACACUGAAAAUUCGUCUCUUCAGAGAAUGCUUCAUGAGUCUCAACAGGAGGUUGAGAAACUUAAAAAGUAA